UUGACACUCGCGUGCCGAAACCUCUGGAAGGUGUUUGGGGACGGAGCCCGGGAUCUUGCGGACUCCAUCGACCCUGCCCUUUCCAGGGAGGAGGUCUUGGCCCAGACGGGCUGCGUGCUCGCCGUCAGGGACGUCUCCUUCCAUGUACGGGAAGGGGAGACCUUCGUCAUCAUGGGCCUCUCCGGCAGCGGCAAGUCGACACUCGUCCGCUGUCUCAGUCGUCUCAUCGAACCGACUCGCGGCGAGGUCCUCAUAGACGGCGAGGAUUUGCUCGCGAUGAACAAGCAGCAGUUGCGGGACAUUCGCCGCCACAAGAUGGGCAUGAUUCAGGGCGUUGACAAGGCCACCCAACUCAACCGCGCCGCCGAAGUCAUUGAGAUGGUGGGGCUCACGGGAUGGGAGGAACGGUACCCGCACGAGCUGAGCGGCGGAAUGCAGCAGCGUGUUGGGCUGGCCCGCGCCCUUGCAGUCGACCCGGAGAUUCUUCUCUUCGAUGAGCCGUUCAGCGCUCUCGAUCCCCUCAUCCGGCGAGACAUGCAGGACCAGUUGAUUGGGCUCCAGCAGCUGGUCCAGAAGACCAUGGACGGCGAGUUCGUUCAGACAGGCACGCCGGAGGAGCUGGUCUCCAACCCGAUCAACGACUACGUGCGGGACUUCACCCGGGACGUGCCCAGAUCCAAGGUGCUCACGCACGUUCUGUCAUGA